UUAACGUUAGAUGCUAAAACGACGGGGAGGGGCGGUUGGUUUUGGAUUUUGUAGCUAGCUGGUGUCAACCGACCGAAAUCGUUACACAAAACCCGUCAUUUCUCCGCCCGUUGUCGCUAACAACCAUUGUUAUUUGGAUGAAUUCGGCAUGGAGAAGGUAGCGGAGCCGUCUUGGACUUCUUCGUACACCUACCAGGUGAGCAAGCACAGUGCGGAGAUGCUACACAACCUCAACAUUCAGAGGAAAGAUGGAGGCAGGUUCUGCGAUGUGAUCCUGCGCGUCGGCGAGGAGAGCUUCCCCGCACACAAGGCGGUGUUAGCGGCAUGCAGCGAGUAUUUCGAGUCGGUCUUCAGCCGCCAGACGGAGGGCGACGGCGACGCCAAGGAGCUGGAGAUGCACACCAUCAGCCCGAAAGUUUUUAAAGACGUUUUGGACUUCGCUUACACCUCCAGGAUCGUGGUGCGACUGGAGUGCUUCCCGGAGUUGAUGACAGCUGCCAAGUUUCUCUUGAUGCGGUCGGUGAUUGAGAUAUGUCAGGAGGUGAUCAAGCAGUCCAACGUACAGAUCCUCGUCCCGACCUCACGGGGAGGAGACGCCAGCCUGUUCCAGGCCACGGCCGCCACGGAGCUGGGCUUCCCGGUGGCGCAGCAGGAUCUGGUGAACGGCACGGGCAUGCUGGUGAACGGGCAAAGCUUUGCUAACAAUGCACAGAUGCAUGUGGAUGGGGGUGAAGACACCGCCGCGGUGUUGUUGGAGGACGGCGGCGAGUCGUCCAUGCCCAUGCUGGAGCCUGUGGAAGGACUGACCGUGUCCCCAUCGACGGAAAUACCGGGGAGCACGUUUCAGCACGACGCUGGCUCCCCUGGGUCGAAAAGGAACAGGGGGAGACCAAAGAAACCUGGCGGGGUUGUGGAAGCUGUACACUUUAAUCACAGCACGCAGAAAGACAAUGGGCUGUUUCCGUGCGGGACGUGCGGUAAGGCUUUCACAGAGGCUUCCCGGUUGAAGAACCACGAAGCGCAACACGGAGCCCACACAGGCGGUGUAAACAACGUCGGUGACAGCCUGUCAACAGCCGGCGGCAUGUCUUUGAUGUCUCAGCCCGCUCUGGUGGAAAACGGCGUGCAGCUGCACGGAGGGCUGACGCUGGACAACGGCCGCAAACGGGAGAGGACCAGACGGCAUGUCGGCUGUGAUAUUUGCGGUAAAGUUUUCCGCGACGUUUAUCACCUCAACCGACACAAGCUCUCCCACUCCGGGGAGAAGCCGUACGCUUGCCAUGUGUGCGGGCUCCGGUUCAAACGCAAGGACAGGAUGUCAUACCAUGUGCGGUCCCAUGACGGCUCGGUCGGGAAACCCUAUGUGUGCCAAAGCUGUGGAAAAGGGUUUUCAAGGCCAGACCACCUGAAUGGACAUAUCAAACAGGUUCACACAACAGAGAGACCCCACAAGUGCCAGAUUUGUAAUGCCUCUUUUGCUACAAGAGAUCGCCUCCGGUCACACCUUGCUUGCCAUGAGGACAAAAUCCCCUGCAAAGUUUGUGGCAAGUUUCUGCGGGCUGCCUACAUGACAGACCACCUCAAAAAACACAGCGAAGGGACGCAUAACUACUGUGGCAUUUGCAACAAAGGUUUCUCUACUGCCUCCUACCUUAAGGUGCAUAUAAAGACACACCAUGGCUCUCCACUGCCCCCCUCUGCCACAAUGCACACCUUCCCUGAGCCAAGGGGGGAGCUGCAGAUGCACAACGGCACCCCUUACCACAUGGGACGCCAGUGCUCAGUGGAAGACCUGUGCGCCAGUCGCCAGCUGCUUCUCACCUCGCCUGAGGCAGAGGGUCGCUAUCAUGGGCUCUCUGGACACCCAGCUCUUCCCCAGCCCGGCCCUCCAGCCUUGGGCCUGCAGCCUGAGCUGCUCAUGGGGAAGGCAGGUGGGGCUCCAUAUUUCUGGGAUUGCCGCUCUGGCGGGGUGCCCGGCUUCCCCGUCCAUGGGCCUGCUGCAGACGGGCAGGAAAACUCUGGGAAGUGUCCUCAUCUGGAAUCAGAAGAAUCAGAUCCUUCAUUCGGGGAGUUGUCCAAUGGCGAUGAGCUUAAAUCUCCUCACAAACCUGACGGGCCGGAGCUGGAGAUGCCCUCAUUAGCCUGUAACGGAGCCUCUGCGGGGGGCUUGGGCUCUCCAGAGGGAUCUAAAGCCAAGACGGACCCUGAGAAGAAGUUUACCUGCGGCAUCUGCGGUCAGGCCUUCCGCACCAAGUCCUACCUCAACAAGCACCAGCACAGAGUUCACAAAGCCCAGAAGACCCAGGGGGUUUCAGGGUCGGGCUUAAAUGAGCUGGCUCCCUCCCUGACCUCUCCCUUCUCCCCUCAACAAAACAUGUCCCUGCUCGAGUCUUUUGGCUUUCAGAUAGUCCAGUCUGCUUUCGCCUCUUCACUGGUGGAUGCCGAGGCUGGACAAAGUGGAAUUGACUUUGGAGGGAAGUGACGAAUUUGCAAAGCUUCUCAUUCUUAGGACAAAGCCGGGUUGCCCACAGAAGAUGCUCUGUAUUUGGGAAUAACUUUGCCUCAAGGCUACUUUUUCUGUUUGUUACGUCACUUAAUGUGUAUCUGAUAUUUUUGUCACAGACUGCCAUACGAUUCCUACUUUUUCUACUUUUUUCAGAGUAUAAAAAGUGCGCGCACGGUGUUUAAAUAUUCUUUAUAAAGAAACGACAUGAAGGUUUUACUUCCUUUAUCUGAUGUGGAUCUGUUGAUGUUAUGUUUGGUAAUCUUUCAUUUGUUUUUUGGCUUGUGUGUUGUUGAGCUUUCUUGGCUGCACAAACGUUUCUGGACAUGAGACGAAUUAUUAACUGCAACUUUAAAACCAGUAAUUACUUAUUGUCUGUUCGCCCACUUUAACUGCUCUGAUGUACCUGGUAAAUCGACCCUUGGCCGUUACAGUGAUUUUAAUGCUUCGUACUCCUUCGUGUUCCCUUAAAGGCUGUAAACAAACUUCUUUACCUCAGAGCAACAAGAGGGCUUGAUUCUGCAUUAAUGUUGUUCUUUUAAGGAAGGUUUUUGUUUUCGUAAGGACAGGGAUUUAAAUUGGCCUCUAUUUUGAAAGGUUUUUGAUUUUAUAUAUUCAUUAUUCUGACAGACAUUCCUAACAAGCCCAUGGCAUGUUUCACAAAACAUUUAUUUGAAGCAAUUUCCUUUGGAGUCAUAGAGAAAAUGUCAGUUUUGAGUAGCACUGACAGCUGUCAAGGACCUUUAAAUAAUUACUACUGAGAGAAUUACAGCUAAGAAGCACUUUUAAAACAAGUAUGGAUAAAACUUUGUAUUUGAACUGUUACAGCAUCCACACAAAGCUCACCUGGCAUCAUACAAAUGGGGCAAAAAACUAUUUCAGCUUAAAAUAAAUAAAUAAUGAAGCUACCUCACUAAAAAAAAAUCAAGAAAAUGGUUCUUUGUGUAAGUAACCAAGUUAAUUCUUGCAGCAACUUCAUUAGAUUCAAAUAAUACAAAGUCAAAGCAAAUUCACAAAUGAAAACAAGUGCUAGAAACUAGAAAUGCCUGUAUUCAGGGUUUUUAUUUUUCUCUUGAAAGUUUUGGAAAUGCUUUAUUUUAGCUAUUAUAUAUUCAUGGUUAGUAAUAUGCUUGAAUUUAAAUAUACUCCUUUAAAACAUCUUGACAUUCUACGUAAUGUGGUGCUUUAGCUAUACAAUCACUCGUGUAAAACAAAGAUAUGAUAACAAUCCCAUCAGAUUUGUUAUAUAUUGUUAUAUCUCCUGGUGUCCAGACGAGUCCUCUGUUGACCUGUCAGAGUUAUUAUAAACAGAUGGGAUAAUAAACGCUCUGAGAAUUUAGAAAUUUUAGAUUUAGGUACCUAGGAAUAUGCUUGAAAACUGCUUGAAUUUUACGUUUAAAAAGCUGAAUGAACCUUGUGUAUUUAUAGUAAAGCUAAUUUUCAGAUCCAGGUCUUUAAAAAAUGCUUGUAGAAACAUAUUAAUUGAAAAAGAGGACAGAGCUGCUACACAGAUCGCUGGUGGGAGUCCUGCUCUAAAUGAACCAAAUAUACUGGCAGCUUAUUUGGAUAUGAAGAAGUUGGUAAGCAGUUUUGAUUUGUAAAUGGUUUCUACAAAAACAUGUAAAGUAAGGAGAAGAAAGCCAUUAUUAUUAUUACGAUCCACUGUGUGCUGGAAUACUUUUGAAAACAAUUUUUUUAACAUGUAAAAAGUCUUGAAACAUGCCUUGAGCCUGUUAGGAAUGAGAUUUGUUCCCCUCUCUUCAACAAUCACAAAGUUUCCAAGCCUCUUUUGUUUGGUAUUAAAUCAGCUGUGUGCAUUUAACAGGGACCAAGGUCAGGUAUAUUUUCAGUAUAUAUUUUGAGAAAUGUAGAUUAUAUUUUAUUAACUUAUUCAUGCCCUCGGUUUUGUGUACAGUUUUUUUUAAUUGUCAAACAAAAAUCUUGUGGUUUGCUCGUUUUGAUAAUUUUUCACUCUAAAUUAUGUUAAAUGGAGAUGUGUGGUUAUGUGUGUGUUGUGCAGCAGCGUUAGGGGUUAGAAGGAGGAGUCCCACCCUGACCCGCCAGCCUCUGGACCGACCAAACAUAAUGCUACUUUUACAUUAAGCUUGCUUUAUUUCUCUGGUGUUUUCCUCUUCAUCACCUGCACUUGUUGUAUUGCUCACCCUGCUCACUUCCUGUCAGAUUUGCUUGUGUUGUUAGUGACAUGUCUUGUGUUUGCACUAAUAGUCACUAGGCUGAGGCACCUAUCCAUCCAAGUGGCUUGCAGUGAAAAUGUGUUUAAUCCAAAAUGUUGCACCAAGACAUUCCUGUAACGAGGACAGACUUAACUGAAUAGUUUCUCAAAUCAGAACACAAUGAGAGCCUCAUCUCCACUUUUUUUGCUUGUUUUGUUUAAUUUGAAGUCUCGCUCCUCUUCCACUGUGUUGAAAAAGUUUUUUUUGCCACUGAAUUGGUUUUGCAUCUUAUGGUAAAAACACACCAAGCUGCCAUGCAAUAUCCAUGGAAAGCUGUGGCCGCUUUGAACUCAGCGAGUUGCCACCAUAUGAUUCUGUUGCAGAUAUCAGCCAUAGAGAUGUCUGCCUUAUCUUGAAUUUAAUGGGACUAUAUGCCACUUCACACGUGGUCCUCAAAACACACAAACAUUUAAAAAAAUAAAAAAAACAACAGCAGUGUUUCUUUCCAGAAAUCAUGGGAACUAAAGAUGAUUCAAUUUUGUUUGAUUUUUAGCGCUUUAGAGCACCGCAACCGUAUAGUGCCAUAGAGUUCCAUUAUAGUCAAGAGAAGGCAGACAUUUCUACAGCUGAUAUAUCCUCUGCAACUCACACCAAAACAAUCUAGAUCGAUGAAUAGCACUACAGGAAGAGGCAAAAUAUGUAUUUUUGAUUUUCAAGGGAACUCUCCAUCAGGAUGCAACUGGUUAGAAUAAAUUAUGUGUAAAGAUCAAAUAUUUAUAAGUAAAGAUUAAUUUGGUUUUGGUUGAAACGAUCAGACCCCUUUUACAAUCAUUCUUCCUCUGUAUAUACUGAAAGCAACGAAGUAAUCACUGUUAGAAAAUUGGUGACUCUGCUGCCAUUUGUGAGAACAGAUCAGAUCAGGUCGGUGUUUUUUCUUGUGUUGUAAAACCUGCAUCAUGAUGCAAAUCAAACAUAGUCCAACUGUGUGUGUGUGCGUGCGUGUGUGUGUGUGUGCGCGUGCGUGUGUGCAUGCAUGCGUGUGUGUGUGUGUGUUGUAGGACGAGAGAGUAUACGUGUUUCUGUUUUCUGAUGUGUUUCUUGCUUUCUGUUUAAUUAUUAUUUGUGUAUAAUUUAGUCUGUUAAAUUCAGUACAUUCCUAUAUUAUUUAUGGUUAUGUUGUGAUUGUAACAAGUGUAUAUACCAUUCAUAUACACAUUCUAUAAAUAUAUAUAUAUAUAUAUAAAUAUAUAUGAACCAACCAAUAUGAUCAGUGUUUGUCAGUGGUGGUCCUGUACAUAUAAAGAUUUUCUUUCUUCUCGUCCAUCAUGUGGAGGGAUAAGUUAAGUUAUGGCCAUUUGAUUGAAAGCGUAAACUGCAUGUUCUGGCAUGCGAGCUGAGCUGGGGACUGAAUGUCGAUCACUGGUUGGUGGCAGUGAUAGUUUCAUUGUUCACCGUACUGUCGCUCUGCUCUGGUAGCACUCACACUGCCAGCUGCACGACUCACGUCUUUGACCAAGUUUUUUCUCCUUUUUUGAUCCACUCUGCACUAGUAUUUACUCCUUAAAAGGUGAUAAGGGUUGUUUUUUUGUUGUUUUUGAAAACAAGUGGAAGAUGCUGUGAGGAAAUAAUGUUCCUUUUGUUUGUGUUCUUCACCGGGAUGUAUGAUUUUUGUUUCACUCAUGUUGGUACUCAAGUGUAAAAGGUGUUUUGGUUGAGUAUUUAGGCUUAAAUGUUUUUGUUUUCUGCUUUUGGUCUGUUGCAAAGUGCCUUCCAAAUACUGAUUGUGCACAGCAGUGGAUUAAAAAAGGUCCUCUUUUCUAAAGGUUAAGAAAUUGUACAGAGUGACUUGCAUUGACACUUUUGUAUAAAAACACACACAGAAAAUGUACAAUAUGUUAACUUGGUAUUUUAUCAUCAUACUCAACAAGAUUGCUCUUAAGACAUGUGAGCUACAUGUUUUGUUAUAACGUCUUUGGACAUAUUUCAAUAUAAGCAUACUUUUCUAUAGAUAUUUGUUUUUGUACUCUGUUAUUGAGUCUCAUCUCUCUUGUUGGUACAGAGAUGAGCAACGAAUAAAUUGCAAUUGAAAAAUC